UGCGAGCUGCAGGACUGUCCCUUCUGCGCCAGCCUCCUGGACGACCCCGAGUUCGCCUUCAGCGAGUCCGACAGCUGCGACUCCGACAGCAAUGGCGUCUAUGAGUUCACCCAGGACCUGCGGCACGGCGACCACAGAGACCAGCUCCAGCAGCCGCGGGGCAGGAGGAGGAGGAAGAAGAAAAAACCCAAGGAGAGGAACAAGGUCACCCGCCUGUGGAAGGCUUUUGGCAGCAAGCUGAAGAGGAUCGUGGAGAGCAAAUACUUCAACCGGGGGAUUAUGAUAGCCAUCCUCAUCAACACGCUGAGCAUGGGCAUCGAGUACCACGAGCAGCCAGAUGAGUUGACGAAUGCCUUGGAGAUCAGUAACAUCGUCUUCACAAGCAUGUUUGCCCUGGAGAUGCUCCUGAAACUCCUUGCCUUUGGCAUCUUCGGCUACAUCAAGAACCCGUACAACAUCUUUGAUGGGAUCAUUGUUGUCAUCAGCGUCUGGGAGAUCAUCGGCCAGUCGGACGGAGGCCUCUCUGUGCUACGAACUUUUCGGCUGCUCCGGGUGCUGAAACUGGUGCGGUUCAUGCCUGCCCUCCGUCGCCAGCUGGUGGUCCUGAUGAAGACAAUGGACAACGUAGCUACCUUCUGCAUGUUGCUCAUGCUCUUCAUCUUUAUCUUCAGCAUUCUCGGCAUGCAUCUUUUUGGAUGCAAGUUCAGCCUGAAAACUGAUACAGGAGACACAGUUCCAGAUAGAAAGAAUUUUGAUUCCUUACUUUGGGCCAUUGUGACCGUAUUUCAGAUCCUCACUCAAGAGGACUGGAACGUGGUCCUGUACAAUGGGAUGGCAUCUACAUCCUCAUGGGCAGCACUCUACUUUGUGGCCCUGAUGACCUUCGGCAAUUAUGUGCUCUUCAACCUUCUUGUUGCCAUUCUGGUAGAAGGCUUCCAGGCAGAGGGUGAUGCCAAUAGGUCAGACACAGAUGAGGACAAGACAUCUGCCAACUUCGAUGAUGAUUUUGAGAAGCUAAAAGAUCUCCGAGCAACAGAGAUGAAGAUGUACUCACUCGCCGUCACCCCAAACGGACACCUGGAGGGCAGGGGAAGCAUGCCACCGCCUAUCAUCAUGCGCACUGCUGCCACGCCAAUGCCCACGCCAAAGUGCUCCCCACACAUGGAUUCAGUGCACACUUUUGUGGAGUCGAGGAGAGGGAGUAACGCGUCGCUAGACCCCUUGAGCUACGAUCAGAAGUCCUUGUCCAGCCUCCGCAGUUCCCCUUGCGCCAACUGGGGCACCAGCAGCAACUGGGGAAGCCGACGCUCAAGCUGGAACAGCCUGGGCAGAGCCCCGAGCCUCAAGAAGAAGAACCAGUCAGGAGAAAGGGAGUCCUUACUCUCUGGGGAGGGGAAAGGCAGCACAGACGAUGACUCCGAUGACGCCAAGUCCAGCACAGUCAGUAGGCCCUCGUUGCACCGCCGGGCAGAGUCCCUGGACUACCGCAGCUCCCUGGAUUUGCCUGAGCUGCUGCAGUUGCCCACCAUGCGCCACUCGCUCAGUAUCAGCCCCAUGGCCGUGCUGCCUGCCGAGUACCAAGACUGCAACGGCAAGAUGGUUCACGUCCCCAGCGAGUUCUUCCUGCGUGUCGAUGGCCAUAAGGAGGAUGCCAUGGACUAUGAUGAUGACAUGGAAGAUAGUUACUGCUAUCGGAUUCGCAAAGUCCUGGAGCCCUACAAACCACAGUGGUGCAAGAGUCAUGAAGACUGGUCCCUCUACUUGUUUUCCCCACAGAAUCGGUUCCGAGUGAUGUGCCAGAAGGUCAUUGCUCACAAAAUGUUUGAUCACGUGGUGCUGGUCUUCAUAUUUCUCAACUGCAUCACUAUAGCGCUGGAGCGACCAGACAUAGACCCACACAGCACAGAAAGGAUAUUCCUAAGUGUUUCUAAUUACAUCUUCACUGCAAUCUUUGUGGCUGAAAUGAUGGUUAAGGUGGUAGCUCUUGGCUUUUUCGCUGGGGAGCACACCUAUCUGCAGAGCAGCUGGAAUGUCCUGGAUGGAGUCCUGGUCUUUGUAUCUAUCAUUGACAUUAUUGUCUCCAUGGCAUCGGCAGGCGGAGCUAAGAUCCUGGGUGUCCUUCGCGUUUUGAGACUUCUGCGGACCUUGAGACCUCUCCGAGUCAUCAGCAGAGCCCCAGGUCUGAAGCUGGUGGUAGAAACCUUGAUCUCCUCCUUGAGGCCUAUUGGGAAUAUUGUUCUCAUCUGCUGUGCUUUCUUCAUUAUCUUUGGGAUUUUAGGGGUUCAGCUUUUUAAAGGCAAGUUCUACUACUGUGAUGGUCCUGAUGUGAAAAACAUCACUACGAAGACUGACUGCACCAACGCACGUUACAAAUGGGUUCGGCGAAAGUACAAUUUUGACAAUUUGGGACAGGCCCUCAUGUCCUUGUUUGUCCUGUCCUCCAAAGAUGGCUGGGUGAACAUCAUGUACGAUGGUUUGGAUGCCGUGGGUAUUGACCAACAGCCCAUCCAGAACCAUAACCCUUGGAUGCUUCUCUACUUCAUCUCCUUCCUGCUCAUCGUCAGCUUCUUCGUGCUCAACAUGUUUGUGGGGGUGGUGGUGGAGAACUUUCACAAGUGCCGACAGCACCAGGAGGCGGAGGAGGCCCGGCGUCGGGAGGAGAAGCGGCUGAGACGCUUGGAGAAAAAGCGCAGGAGUAAGGAGAUAUACCUGUCUGAAGCCCAGCGCAGGCCGUACUACGCUGACUAUUCCCCAGCGCGGAAGUACAUUCACACCCUCUGCACCAGCCACUACCUCGACCUCUUCAUCACAUUCAUCAUCGGGGUCAACGUCAUCACCAUGUCGAUGGAGCACUACAACCAGCCGAAGUCCCUGGAUGAAGCUCUGAAGUACUGCAACUACGUGUUCACCAUCGUUUUUGUGUUCGAGGCAGUUCUGAAGUUGGUGGCGUUUGGUUUUCGAAGGUUCUUUAAGGACAGGUGGAAUCAGCUGGAUUUGGCCAUAGUUCUCUUAUCGAUUGUGGGAAUCACGCUGGAGGAAAUCGAAAUGAAUGCUGCGCUGCCCAUCAAUCCCACAAUAAUACGCAUCAUGAGGGUGCUGAGAAUAGCAAGAGUGCUGAAACUGCUAAAAAUGGCCACGGGGAUGCGAGCGCUCCUGGACACAGUGGUACAAGCGCUUCCCCAGGUAGGGAACCUUGGCCUACUUUUUAUGCUCCUGUUUUUUAUCUAUGCUGCCCUGGGAGUGGAAUUGUUUGGCAAGCUAGACUGCAGCGAAGAAAAUCCUUGUGAAGGUCUGAGCCGGCACGCAACUUUCACCAACUUCGGCAUGGCCUUUCUCACCCUCUUCAGGGUGUCAACUGGGGACAACUGGAAUGGUAUCAUGAAGGACACUCUGCGGGAAUGCACUCGGGAAGACAAGCACUGCCUCAGUUACCUGCCUGUCAUCUCUCCCGUCUACUUCGUCACCUUCGUCCUCAUCGCACAGUUCGUCCUGGUCAACGUGGUGGUGGCCGUGCUGAUGAAGCACUUGGAGGAGAGCAACAAGGAGGCCAAGGAGGAUGCGGAGAUGGAUGCUGAGAUUGAGCUGGAGAUGUCCAGGGGAGCCACCACCUCGGCCACCAGCGGGAGCAGGGGAGCCUCUCUCAGGCCACAGGAUUCCCAAAACCUGCUGAUGGUCCGCAAGAUCUCCGUGUCCCGGAUGCACUCCUUGCCCAACGACAGCUACAUGUUCCGGCCGGUGAUGCCAGCAAAAGCCCCUUUCCCCCUCCACGAGGUGGAGAUGGAGACAUAUCCCUGCAAAUCCCAAAGAGGGUCCAUCACCUCCAUCCGCUCCCAGCCCGUGGGAACGUGUUCCUCUCUGAGGGUCCCAACGGAGUCCUUCCAGCUGGCCGUCCGCUCUCCGCACCAUGACGGCCGCCACCACUGGAAGAUCCAUCCCCCCCACGUCACGCCUCGAUCUCCCUCUCUCAACAAGCUGCUGUGCAGACAGGAGGCCAUUCGAACGGACUCCGUGGACGGGCAGACUCCGGACCGCAAGGACAGCCUACAAGCAGAACCCGGAGAGACGCUACCCUCA